AGUUUCCCCUGCAGUAACUCACCUCCAAAAGAGAUGAUGAAACCACCCUAGCUCUAACCCACAAGAAGAGGAAAUUGACAGCUCAUAAAACAUGCAUUUCUCAUGAUCAUCAUCAUCAAAUCCUUUUCCUCUGAGAAAAAGAAAUAUGUCCUGUGCAUAGACAUUUGUUCAGGUGGUGAUAGAGAACAAGAUUUGGUUUUCGAGAGCAGAGCGAAAGGAAGAACAUGGUCUUCAAAUUCGCCACCUUUGAUCCCGCUCAAGAUCCUGAUGAUUUCAACCAUGCUUUUCCUCAAUCUCCAGCAUCAUCACCAUCAGCACCACGUGACUAUACUGACAGCUGCAUCAGAGCUUUAGUCAGCCGGCUCGCUGUCGCUGAACCUAGGGAAAAGAUGCUGAAAUUAAAGGAUGGACCUUUUAAAUAUGGCGAACUUGCGAGGAUAACGGGGAACUUUGGAACGGUUCUCGUUGAAGGAGGAUCUGGAAAUGUAUAUUUUGGCACACUGGAGGAUGGCACCGAAGUUGCUGUGAAGGUCUCCUUUUGUUUUUCUAUACGAGGGUCCAGGGAAUUUCAAGCCAAGGCCAAACACUUGAGGGCUGUUCACCAUGAAAACUUGGUUUCUCUGCUUGGAUAUUGUGAUGGCACCAAAACCAAGGGGCUAAUAUAUGAAUUUAUGGAUGGUGGAAAUCUGCAACAAAACUUAACAGGCGACAUUCCAAAUUUCUUGACUAGGAGUAAGAGACUACAAAUUGCCGUCGAUGUAGCACAAGGUUUGGAUUAUCUUCAUCAUGAUUGCCACCCACCCAUCAUCCAUGGAGACUUGAGUGCUGCAAACAUCUGGUUGAAUGAGGAAAUGCAAGCUAAAUUAGCUGACUUUGGUAUCUCAGCUUUUGAACCCCGAGCUCUUGAUUCUUAUCCAACUUGUCCUCUGGGCACUCCAGGCUACUUCGACCCAGAGUUUUAUCCAUAUUCAAGGCCAGACACGAAAAGUGACGUUUAUAGUUUCGGAAUCAUACUCUUUGAGCUAAUUACAGGACAUCCAGCAGUAACUAGAGGCGCAGUGCGCAACGUGUUUUUGGAUGACUCCUAUCGUUGAAACUAAAGAAAUACAGACGAUUAUGGAUCCAAGUUUACAGGGAAAGUUCGACAUUGACUCGGCUUGGAAAGCGAUAGAGAUUGCAAAGUCUUGUACACGGCCAACUGGAGUAGAAAGGCCGGACAUAACUCAGGUACUGGCGUUACUGAGGCAAUCUUUAGCAAUAGAAUUGGCAUCUCAGUGCUGCCACUCCGAGGUAGUUAACUAACUAGAAAAUGUCAACUUUAGGUGCAAAAAUAUCUGCAGCAGUUUAGUGCUGAACUCAAGUGGUGGCUUAUGUUUUAGAGUUCAUACUUGUAUUUAAAUUUGGAUUUCCGUAAGCUAUCCUUGUCUUUGUGUUUGAUCGUGUUGAGUGGGGUUCUCAAUAGAACCCGAGCAAUAUUCCCUACU